CAUUAUAAUCUUACGGUCUACAUUCACCUACUAGAACAUUCUCUUCCUUCAAUUCAAAACCCUUUAUAUACCCCAUUUCCAGUGCUUGUGGUCUCCUCGUACCAUUUUCUCAUUAUAGGGUUUAACGUUUUGCCUUUUCGCCUCGACUCGAUUAUAUCAGUUUCUUCAGAACAAUUGCUAUGGGUAAGAGCUAUCCCACCGUAAGCGAGGAGUACCUCAAGGCUGUUGACAAAUGUAAGAGGAAACUCAGAGGACUCAUUGCUGAGAAGAAUUGCGCUCCUCUUAUGCUCCGUCUUGCAUGGCACUCUGCUGGUACCUAUGAUGUGUGCUCCAAAACUGGAGGUCCAUUCGGUACCAUGAGGUUCAAGGCUGAGCAAGGACAUGGAGCAAACAAUGGUAUUGACAUUGCUAUCAGACUCUUGGAGCCCAUCAAGGAGCAGUUUCCUAUCCUAUCAUAUGGUGAUUUCUAUCAAUUAGCUGGAGUUGUUGCUGUUGAAGUUACUGGAGGACCUGAUGUUCCCUUUCACCCUGGUAGAGAGGACAAGACAGAGCCACCAGUUGAAGGUCGCUUGCCUGAUGCCAUCAAGGGUUCUGACCACUUGAGAGAUGUGUUUGUGAAGCAAAUGGGUCUAUCUGACAAGGAUAUUGUUGCACUCUCUGGUGGCCAUACCUUGGGAAGGUGCCACAAGGAACGUUCUGGUUUCGAGGGACCUUGGACUACCAAUCCCCUCAUCUUUGACAACUCAUACUUUACGGAACUUUUGAGUGGGGAGAAAGAAGGGCUUUUGCAGUUGCCUUCAGACAAGGCUCUCCUUUCUGAUCCUGCUUUCCACCCCCUUGUUGAGAAAUAUGCUGCAGAUGAAGAUGCCUUCUUUGCCGACUAUGCUGAGGCUCACUUGAAGCUCUCUGAAUUAGGAUUUGCUGAAGCUUAAGCUUGUGAUGGGAAGAGUUGGGAGGGCUGGCAUGUGCUUGUUCAUGUUUCACUUUUGAAGAGAAGCUUUUGGUGGAAUUGUUGGUUUUAGUCUUCUUUUGCUGCUUAUACUAGGAUUUGAAUUUGGCAGCUGUUAUUAGACGACGGUGUUGUCACUCUCUUCCAGCUAAAUAAGAUAAAGACUUUUAUUCCUUUUUUGUAGUUUAUCUGUGUCUGAAAAUUUUCCAUUUUGGUACCUUAA